AUCAAACUAAGUGAUAAAAUGAACGGCUGAUUAGAUUGAAUCAUUAUAGCCUACCUUUUCUAUCUAUAAAUACCAAUGCUCAGGGAGAAGUAUAGCAAAACAAAUUAUACAUUGUGACACUUCAAAAACAUUAAUGGGUUCUUUUGUUCCUACUAUCUCUUUUUGCUUCCUUUUCUCUGUCCUGCUCUUCGUAGCUACCUGUUCGGCUUCAUACUACGUUCGUGAUGCCGACGACGACGGCACCGCCCACCUGCACUUCUACAUGCACGACGACUACACCAGCCCGCACCCGACCGCCAUGCGGGUCAUAACCGCUCCGUCGAUGAACAGUGAAUCCUCCUCCCCCCGCCGCUUUCGUGAUAUCGUCGUGCUCAACAACGUGCUUACUGAAGACCCAAGCCCGGACUCGCAAGCCAUCGGGAAGGCUCAGGGUUUUGCUGUUCGGGUGGCGGAGGACGGGAUUGUGUCGGACCUGAGCUUACACCUAGCAUUCGAGGACGGGCCAUUAAAAGGAAGCUCGCUCGCCGUGCACGGCCGGAUUGCCAUGGACCAACCGGUGCGGGAGUCGGUGGUGGUCGGCGGGACUCGGCAUUUUCGAUUCGCGAAGGGGUACCUCUUGUCGAAAAAUUACGAUUACAACCUUAAAGAUGGUGGAAUUGUGAAGAUGGAUGUGUAUGUUUCUCACCAACAUUGACUGAUACAAUUCCUCUUGCUCAAAAAAUUUAAAAAAAAAUCCUCUUUAUUAAAUUAGGGAAUCUUAUUUUCAUGGAAUUUGUGGUAACAGGGAAGUGAAUUAAGGAUAUUGAAGGGAGAUGUUACAUUCCCAAAUAUUGUGAUUUUUGAAUUGACUCAUUGUAAUAAAACAAAAAAUUAUGACGGAAUUGUUAAGAUUAUUAAUU